GAGAAGUUUAAUGUCAAAAAUGGAGUAUGUUCGCGACAGAUCGAGCCCCAAGCAAAUGGAAGCUAUUGUUAAAUUCAUGGAAGAUAAUCCUGAAUUUGCUCGACAGAGGGGACGAGGCACAAACUAUCCCCCAUUUUGUAAAACAAUGUGGCUUCGAUUAACUGCCGAACUCAACAAUCUUGGUCCUCCUGUUCGUGAUUGGUUGUCCUGGAGGAGAGUUUGGUGUGACUUCAAAUCUAGCAUUCAGAAGAAACUGAAACAACGCGAAAGAUUUCAGGAAAGAGGAGUUGAGCCCCCCAAAAAUCUUGCUUUGUCCUCAAAUCAAGAGAGGAUCAAUAACUUACUGUCAGAUGGCUUUUAUCAGCCACGAAGACGCACAACGGAAAGUUCUACUGUAAAUACACGACAGUCACUACCGAGAUCAAGUAGACUAAAGGUAGACUAUGUAGUGGAUGAAUAUGAAGAUACCGAAGGAGUUCUUCCAGAUCCACUCUCAGAAGACGGAAUUCCGUCUGAUUUUGAAAAUUACAGUGAGUCUGAGAGUGCGAUAGAGGAUCCACAACAUCAAGGUGAACCCUCGUCUAGAGAAUUCAAUGAAAUUGAAGCGGAAAGACUGAAUUUCCUUAACAAAUUACAUUCGUUUGAGGAAAAACUGUUGGAGAUUGAGGAAAAAAGGUUACAGAUUGAGGCGGAACGUCUCACCAUUGAGAAGAGACGUUUGAAAAUUGAAGAAUCAAGAUUUGCGAGAGAGGAAGCAAGACUUACAAUGGAAGAGGCCAGAAAUGCUGAAAGGAUAGUGCCGAGAAUGAUUGGUCCAAGGAGGACUUCAUCUUAAUUUACGAUGCUUUAAUGAGCAGGAUGAAUCUUUUAGAAGGAACCCAAAAUAAGUUCAUCCAUAAGUUGCAAUAUAAUAGUUAAAGACAGAAUGUUAAAGUUAAUACAAAAUAAUUUUUUCAAUAUUAUUGAAAAAUUUUAAAAGGAAAUAUACAUUACCUUUUGAGGAAAAAGUCGCUGGAAAGCAUAAAA